UUUCCAUCUUUGGACCACUCAUUAUGAACCUUGUAUUCUUCAAGAUCACUACACCCUUUUAAAUUUCUACUCCAAAGUUUCAAUCUUUAAUCACUUUUAAGUCAUGGUGGACACUAAAGAGAUCAACACUAAUGAAUCUAAGAGGGUGGUUCCACUUAAUACAUGGAUACUUAUAUCGAAUUUCAAGUUAGCUUACAACAUGCUACGACGAUCUGAUGGAACAUUUAACCGUGAUUUAGCUGAGUUUUUAGAAAGAAAAGUUGGUGCUAACUCGAUUCCAGUUGAUGGUGUUUAUUCAUUUGAUGUUGUUGAUCGGUGUACCAGCUUACUUAACCGUGUUUACAAACCUGCCCCGAAAAAUGAGUGUGAUUGGGGUAAAAUUGAUCUUGAUACACCUCUCAGUACUAGUGAGAUUGUCCCUGUCAUUAUCUUCUUCCACGGUGGAAGCUUUACUCAUUCAUCAGCUAACAGUGCUAUUUACGACACAUUCUGUCGUCGUCUUGUUAGUAUAUGUAAGGCUGUUGUUGUAUCUGUGAAUUAUCGAAGAUCUCCUGAGAAUCGAUAUCCUUGUGCUUAUGAUGAUGGAUGGGCUGCUCUUCAAUGGGUAAAAUCUAGAGCAUGGCUUCAAAGUGGAGAGGAUUUGAAAGUUCAUGUGUACAUGAGUGGUGAUAGUUCUGGUGGUAACAUAGCUCAUCAUGUUGCUGUUCAGGCUGCUGAAUCAGGCGUCGAGGUUUUAGGAAAUAUUCUUUUGCAUCCCAUGUUUGGUGGACAAAAUCGAACUGAGUCAGAGAGUAGAUUGGAUGGUAAAUACUUUGUGACAGUUCAAGAUAGGGAUUGGUAUUGGAGAGCUUAUUUGCCAGUAGGUGAAGAUAGAGAUCAUCCAGCUUGUAAUAUAUUUGGCCCCAGAGGUAAAACACUCCAAGGACUUAAAUUUCCAAAGAGUUUAGUUGUUGUAGCAGGGUUAGAUCUUGUUCAAGAUUGGCAACUCAAUUACGUUGAAGGGUUAAAGAAAUCAGGGCAUGAGGUGAAUCUGUUGUAUCUAAAGCAAGCAACCAUAGGUUUCUAUUUCUUGCCUAAUAACGAUCAUUUUCGAUGCUUAAUGGAGGAGAUAACAAGUUUCAUACAUCCUAACCAUUCCUAGACUAAUAUAUAACACAAGCUUGACUCUAGUGAAUAUAAAUGGUGUGUAUUAGUUACUGUAUGAUUUGUGUAAGCAUUGCUUCUCACUGUUACUUGUCAUCAACAUAAGUAAGUACAUUGUUGAUAAGAGUGUUCACCUUGAUGGUGGUUGUCAUUUGAAGACGAUUAAGAAAGGCGUUAGCUGACCGAGUCUUGGCCUGAGAAAUGUAACUUGUUGAAUUAGUACAAGAGUCAUUUUCUGGUGGUGUCUCAGUUGUUACUAAACAUGGAUUGCAAAAUUCAUGAUGUUGUGAUCUUACUUUGUAUGUUAUAGUUGUGAUUUUAGAAAAUAUAUACAAGUUUUUGUUUGUUAAUUUUGUCCUAA